CUGAUUCAUUCAUUCAGUCAAUGGCCCCUCUUUUCUUCCGUGUGUUCCGUACUUCUUUCCCCUCUCACUCUCAUGCCCACUCACUCUCUCACCGUAUCGCUCUUCUCCCCUUCUUCCUCUCUUUUUUUUUUACUAUGACGAUCCGGCAACCGGCGGAAGCCAAAUCCAAGCUGCAUCCGUCGUCUUCCCAUUCGAACUCGUGCCUCAUCAUCCAUUAUCUAAUCCGCUUCCGUGCGAGCCGAUCUAUUGCUGCUGCUCCCAGCAAAUUCCUGUGCUGGACUCGGCCACUCCAAUGCCCGAAUUUCCCUGUUCUUCCCUUUCCCCCCUCUCCCCCCCUUCAGCCCUAAGCAUCCACUAUCACCUCCCGCGGCCUUGUUGUUUGUCUGCCCUACCAAUCGUCCCAUCAUGACCAAUUACUCAUGGCCCUUAUGGCCAAUCACUACCCAAUUCUGUCCCCUUCUGUACCGUCAUUUUGACCUUCCGAGACCCGUUCCUGCUGUUCUCGACCCUUCCCGGCUGACUGACAAUGUCAUCGCGCCUUCGCUCUGUCAUCCCUCCCCCCUCGGCUCGGAUGCCUCUCGUCCUCUUGCAAUUUCCCCCGAGGAUUCCUCCGUGACCGAUCUGGCCGACAGCCUGGUCGCUGCAGCUCCUCCCACCUCAGCUGUCCCGAUUGGGAAUCUGGUCACACUACCCCCGUCCACCACUUCUACUCCCGGUGAUCAGUCCGGGUUAGUGGUGCCCCCCUCGUCGCGUUCCAGUUCCUCCGAUCUUGAAGCUUCCCCCGGCAUCGUGCAGCAGAUGAUUCGCUCCACCAGGGUUGCCAUUGUCACCCUCGCCUCAUUGAUUGCCUAUGUCUUGAUCAACAGCGCCGCGCGCGCCGUAAAUCCGUCGGCUUUCAUCUGGUAUGCUGAGGAUCAUGACGAGCAGAGCUGGAUUGCCUCCUCGCCGUCCUGGCUGGAUCGCAAGGCCUGUCGGUGGCUCGGCAUGUGCGGGACCGCCCACUUCCGCCUAGUGCGGGCCCGCUACGGCCAGCGCGAGCCCACUUUGGGACCCUGGUCGCCCGAUGACGAGGCCCACUACGCCGCCUGGCGCGAUGCGCAAUUCAACGACUCCCAGCAGCCCGCAUGGGAUGAAGCCGAACGCUCGCGUCGGCAGAUUCCCGAGUAUGUCUUCCAAUAUGCGCCGUUGGUUUACCUGUCCUCGCAUGAACAGUUUUGGCCGGGCGACAUUGCCGAACAUCUUUACCACGUCACCCCGAUGCUGAACUACACCCCCAUUCAUUCGGAUGAGGAGCAUCCUACCUUGCAGGACCUCGAUCAGCUGAACGAGUGGCAGGAAGGUGAGUUCGUGUACUUGACUAGCAACGACAAUGUAGAGGAUCGCCCGCCAUGGAUUGAAGGCGAGAAGAAUAUUCCCGACGAUCCCGAUGACGAUCUCGAGCUGUCUUGGCCUGACUGGGACGGCCGGAUAGACGGGCCUAUUCCUGGGGACACGCCAGAGGAACGCUCCCAGUGGUAUGACACAGGCCGUCUUUCAUCAUCGAAGGGAGAGGAUGACAGUUGGUCUCCGGAAGAUCUGGGGUAUCUCCGCCCGGAAGAUCUCGCUGACGAGGAUGUCCGAACCGAGUUGCGCAAACGGUUCGGCGGCGAGCCUAUUCACGUCGAAAAGACUGGCGGGCGCAGUAACGCGCCGGCAAUUCUGCUGGUAAUGGACAAAGGCCACGGCGUCGUAGAUGCGUUCUGGUUUUAUUUCUACAGCUUCAAUCUGGGCAACGUAGUGCUGAACGUGCGGUUCGGGAACCACGUGGGUGACUGGGAGCACUGUCUGGUGCGAUUUCACGACGGCAAGCCCAAGGCGCUUUUCUUCAGCGCGCACUCGGCGGGAGAAGCCUACAGUUACGAAGCCGUCGAAAAGGUCGGCCAGCGGCCCGUGAUCUACUCCGCCAUGGGCACCCAUGCCAUGUAUGCCACCCCAGGCAUCCAUGCCUACAUCCUACCCUGGGGCUUGUUGCACGACCAAACCGACCGCGGGCCCCUGUGGGACCCUCUUCUGAAUGCCCACGCCUACACGUACGAUUAUGAUAGUGAUAACCUUCGUGCAUCCACUGCCACGCCAAGUGCUCCUAUCGAGUGGUUCUACUUCAACGGCCAUUGGGGCGACAAGUUCUAUCCGCUAGGCGACCAGCGACAGUAUCGAUUUGCGGGUCAGUAUCAUUAUGUCAACGGCCCAGUGGGACCGCGGUUCAAGCACCUCAACCGCCACAAGGUCUGUCAGCAGCGGGACGAGGAAGUCUGCGUCAUCAAGAACUAUAUUGGAGAAGAAAAGCGGGCUAAACGCUGGGCGGGUACUCGACCUGAACAUGAGAAAGAACAUGACUAG